AUGUCUCUCCCCGAGAGGCCGGGUGCCAGCCCGGCAAUGGACCAGCGCAGCUCGUACCGGAACUCAUCUUCUCGACGGCCGCCCCCGACCGACGUUGAAUCUGGAGGUUAUCAUGCCGUCCCCAUGCCCGGGCAUCACGAACGUGGGAAAUCUGUCUCUUCUUUCGCCGAUACCAUUUCGAGCCCUAAUGCCAAUACAGAGAGCCUGCCUCUGACACCGACGGACACCCAUGGUCAUGGGAGGCACACUGGCUCCGACAUACCCACCCGCAAACGGAGCCUGAUCAAGCCGGAGAGGAACCGGAUCGGAAAGGACCAUCGAAACUACCACUACCACCGUCACGCUGCCAACAUGGAUGUCCUGCCCUCGUCGACCGGCAACGACCCCAUCGCGGAGAAUUUCGAUGGCGCCACCGAGCAAUCGGGGGGCUCCCAGGCGAACGGCAGCUUCACUGACUCGCCACCGCGUGGCACACGAUCCGACAAGGCCGGCGCCGGGUACCAGGAGAAGGACGAAACGCGCGUCAAGACUCGUCCGGCUCGAGUGAAGUCGGGCAAGAUCACAAAGGAGAGCAAGUCGAGCCGCGACGCGCGCAAGGGCAAGAAGAACAAGGUUGUCGAGGAUCAGCUUCGACCGCCUAGUUUCUGGAACGUCUACUGCGCCAUCGUCACCUUCUGGGCCCCCGACUUCACCCUACGGUGCUGCGGAAAACCCACCAAGGCGCAGCAACGAGCGUGGAGGGAAAAGAUGGGGCUCAUCAGCAUCAUCCUCCUCAUCAUGGCCAUCGUUGGCUUCCUCACCUUUGGCUUCACCGCCGUCGUCUGCAGUGCGCCUCCGCUACGGCUCCGCGUCAACGAGGUCGGUGGUGGGUACAUGAUCUUUCACGGCGUCGCCUACGACCUUUCCACGUCGCACCACCCCCCUGCGGAGGGCAUUCCCAUGAGGCCCGACGGCCGGGGCGCCAAUGUUCUGUACGACCUGCCGGUGAAGCACGGCGGUGAGGAUGGAAGCUUCCUCUUCCAGAACGUCAACGGCAACUGCAAAGACCUCAUCACGCUGGCCAAGGGCUCCGACGUGCCCACCAACUCGGACGGGGAUCUGUCUUGGUACUUUCCCUGCACCACCUUCAACCAGGACGGCUCGAGCAAGCCGAACUUGACGGUUCCGUAUUACCUUGGAUAUGGCUGUCACACGACGCAGAAUGCCCGAAACACCUUCUACCUCGGCCUGAGCGGUGCGGCGGAGGUGUACUUCUCGUGGGAUGACGUCAAGAACCGCUCGCGCAACCUGAUUGUCUAUUCCGGCAAUGUCCUCGACCUCAACCUGUUGAACUGGUUCAACGAGAGCCAGGUGACGGUGCCGAAGCGCUUCAGGGAGCUCCAAGACCCCUCCUCGGCCGUCAACCGAGCCAUUCGCGGGCGCGACGUCACUCGCAUGUUCCAGUCAUCCGACGACAAGAAGCACCUCCAGUGCUUCGAGGAGAUCAUCAAGGUCGGAUCCAUUGACACCGAGACCAUCGGCUGCAUCGCCUCCAAGGUCGUCCUCUACUGCGCCCUCAUUCUCAUCCUCUCCGUCGUCCUCGCCAGGUUCGCCCUCGCUCUCGUCUUCCAGUGGUUCAUCAGCCGAAACUACGCCGCCGCCAAGACGUCGCAGAGCUCGGAUCGCCGCAAGCGCAAUCGCCAGAUCGAGGACUGGUCCCAGGACAUUUACCGAGCGCCAGCCCGAAUCCCCGGCGAUGUCGGCAGCACCGUCCUCGGCUCCGACCGCAUGAGCAAGCGAGGCUCGUCCUUCCUGCCCAAGACAUCGCGGUUUUCGGCCGUGUACGGCGCGGAACGGUCUCCCGCCCACCGUCGCGUUCCCACGACGAUGGCGAGCCAGGGAACGCCCGGUUCGCUGCUCAACCCCAGCUCCAUCUACAGGCAGGGCAAUGAUAGCCGGGCCAGCUUCCUCCGCACCGAUCCCUACAGCAGCACGGGCGCGUCUGACGGUCCCGGUCCCGCCGGCUUCAUCCACGACGCCGUCGUUCCGCAACCCCCCUCGGACUGGAUGCCCUUCGGGUUCCCCCUCGCCCAUACUAUGUGCAUGGUCACGGCGUACUCGGAAGGCGUCGAGGGAAUCCGAACGACGUUGGACUCGAUUGCCAUGACCGACUACCCCAACAGUCACAAGUGCAUCGUCAUCGUGUGCGACGGUAUUAUCAAAGGCAAAGGCGAAGCCAUGUCGACGCCCGAUGCCUGCUUGAGCAUGCUCAAGGACCACUCGACCCCUCCCGAGCUCGUCCAACCGUUCUCCUACGUCGCUGUCGCCAGUGGCUCCAAGCGCCACAACAUGGCCAAGGUCUACUGCGGCUUCUACGACUACGGAGCCAAAUCCCAGAUCCCCAUCGACCGUCAACAGCGCGUGCCGAUGAUGGUGGUUGUCAAGUGCGGCACGCCCGCCGAGGCGGGCAAGGAGAAGCCGGGCAACCGAGGCAAGCGAGACAGCCAGAUCAUUCUCAUGUCCUUUUUGCAAAAGGUCAUGUUCGACGAGCGGAUGACGGAGCUCGAGUACGAAAUGUUCAACGGAAUGUGGAAGGUGACGGGCAUGUCGCCCGACUUCUACGAGGUGGUGCUCAUGGUCGACGCCGAUACCAAGGUUUUCCCCGACAGCUUGACGCACAUGGUGUCGGCCAUGGUGAAGGAUCCCGAGAUCAUGGGCCUCUGCGGCGAGACCAAGAUUGCGAACAAGCGCGACUCCUGGGUGACGGCCAUUCAGGUGUUCGAGUACUUCAUCUCGCACCAUCUGGCCAAAUCGUUCGAGUCGGUCUUUGGCGGCGUCACGUGCCUGCCCGGAUGCUUUUGCAUGUACCGCAUCAAGGCGCCCAAGGGCGGCCAGAACUACUGGGUUCCCAUCUUGGCCAAUCCUGACAUCGUGGAGCACUACUCGGAGAACGUCGUCGAGACGCUUCACGAGAAGAACCUCUACCUUCUGGGCGAGGAUCGAUACUUGACGACGCUCAUGCUGCGAACCUUUCCCAAACGAAAACAAGUCUUCGUGCCCCAGGCCGUCUGCAAGACCACGGUCCCCGCCAAGUUCUCGGUUCUCUUGUCGCAACGACGUCGGUGGAUCAACUCGACGAUCCACAACCUCAUGGAGCUCGUCUUGGUCCGAGACCUGUGCGGAACCUUUUGCUUCAGCAUGCAGUUUGUCAUUUUCGUCGAGCUGAUUGGAACGCUGGUGCUCCCCGCCGCCAUUGCGUUCACGUUUUAUGUUGUUAUCACGUCCAUCAUCAACUCCCCGCCACAGAUUAUCCCCCUCGUCCUCCUCGCGCUCAUCCUAGGCUUGCCGGGUGUGCUGAUAAUCGUCACUGCCCAUUCGUGGUCGUACGUCCUCUGGAUGCUGAUUUACCUCCUGUCGUUGCCCAUCUGGAAUUUCCUUCUCCCGACGUACGCCUUCUGGAAGUUUGACGAUUUCUCGUGGGGCGAGACGCGUCAGACGGACGGGGAAUCCAAGAAGCGCGGCCACGAGACCGAGGGCGAGUUUGACAGCAGCCAGAUCACGAUGAAGCGAUGGGCCGAGUUUGAACGCGAGAAGCGCUCCAAGAGCGUGUACUGGGGCUCGAGGGAAAAUGUUGUUGGCGGAGGAGGCCACGGCAACUGGUCGGCAUCCCAGGGCCACUACACCAACGAUGAGUACUAUUCCGAUAUGUGA